CCGGCACAUAAAGGUGCGGGGCGGCCCGGCCGGUACCACAGCACAUUGUCCCUCUGCGGAUCGCUCAUCACCCUCAUCCUUCUCAUCUUUAUCCUCCUCCUCCUCAUCCUCAUCCUCCUCAUCCUCUGCUCCCCAGGGACGCCAGGGCGAUGGAUACCGUCUGUCUGCGGGUCCGCAGCCUCCUGCUCUGCCUGGGUUACCUAUUGCAAGCAGUGCUGAGCACAACAGUGAUCCCAUUAUGUGGGCCUGGUGAAAUGGAGAACUGCACAACAGCACUGAUCCAGACAGAGAACAGUCCCCGUGUGGCUCAAGUUGGGAUAACCAGAUGCAAGCCUGAAAUGAAGGAUUACUGCUUCCACGGGCAGUGUGUGUACAUCGUGGACUUGGAUGAGCACUACUGCAGGUGUGACGUGGGCUUCUCCGGGGUCCGGUGUGUGCACUCAGAGCUGGUCAGGCAGCCCCUCAGUAAGGAGUAUGUGGCACUGACAGUCAUUGUAGUUCUGCUCUGCCUUGCUGCCAUCUCCAUUGCAGUCUACUACAUCUGCAGAAGGUACCGAAACAAGAAGAGACGAACGAACGCCAGCGAAUACAAGGAGGUUGGUGCCCUGUAGAAGAGACCAAGGCUUCCUACAGUGUUCUGGUCAUCUGGUGGAGUCAGUGGCCU